CCCACAAAUGGACUUCUGACAGUCCCAGGCUUUCUGUUUAUCAGCACCUAUGUAGUCAUAAACUGACAGGUUUAGUUUUAAUAAUGGGGCUGAUUUCUUGUUUACGUGUUUCCCUUAAUAUUACAGAACUAAGCCAAACCAUGUUCCGGUUGCUGACCUCCUGCUGGUCUCGGCUAAAGACAACCGAGGAAACCCGAAGGAAUGCAACCAUCAUCAUCAUUGGAUUGAACAAUUCAGGCAAAACUGUUCUUAUGGAGGCCUUCCAAAGAUUACUCCCGAGUAGGAUGGGCAGUUGUGUGACCCCUGAACUGACAACACUCCUACUAGAUGAAUAUGAAGUUUCCAUCUAUGACCUAAAUGGAGAUAUGAAAGGCCGAGAAAUCUGGCCCAACUACUAUGUACAGGCGCAUGGGCUUGUUUUCGUCCUGGAUUCCAGCGACUUGGCACGCAUGCACGAAGUGAAGAUCAUCUUAACACAUCUGCUGUCUGAUCAGAGAGUGGCAGGAAAACCCAUCCUAGUCCUGGCAAACAAACAAGACAAAAUGAAUGCCCUGCUACCUUGUGACAUUAUUAAAUAUCUACUCCUGGAAAGGCUAGUAAACGAGAACAAGUCCCUGUGCCGAGUGGAACCAUGUUCAGCCAUCCAAAAUCUCCAAGGAAGGAACCACCAGCACAUAAUUGAAGGGCUGCGCUGGCUGUUAGCUGCCACUGGGGCUAAAUAUGAAGAGCUGUGUCCUCACCAACAGCCACUCACCUCAAGCAUCCCAAUGUCCAAGGGCAACAGCGAUUUUGGGGAAACAUGCUCAUCAGUCAGUUUCUCUACCAGAAUUGGAAUGUCCAAACUAAAAAGACAGCCUGUAGGACAACAGUCCAUGGAAGCUAGGCCCCUAAAGCCAAUCCUACAGCCAUCAAAUGAAUCUUACACCCACCAAGAGGCUCGAGACGACCUUGGCAAAGAAGAACAGAGACCUUACAUCUUUGCAUCCAGAUGA